CUCUGGCGCCGAGCUCAUCAUAGAAGCUAGAGGGGACUUCCGCUUUCGGUCCCCUCAGGUGCUUUGACGGCGCGGUCCAGUUCGGUUGGCUGUCAGCCAGCCCCCAUCCGCCUCCCCGGAGGCCGCGCGGGCUCGGCCCUUACACACCAAACGUCUCGCUCUUUCAGCCCGCCCCCGCGCAGACGCAGUGCUGAGCCCACGGCUGCUAGACAAAGAGUGACGUCCGGAGCUUGGAGUCAUGGCGGAGACUGAGCCGAGCUUGGUGGCUGCUGGGGGCCUCGCGCUGCCGCCAGAGAAGGAGGAAGGAGCCGGCCUGAGCUCAGGCCCGGAGCGUAACUCUGCGGGCUCCUCGUCGACCCCUGAGGCCCCACCGCCUGCCCCCGAGCCCUCCAGCCCCAACGCCGCGGUCCCCGAAGCGAUCCCUACGCCUCCUGAGGCGGCCUCCGCGGCCUUGGAGUUGCCUCCCCCAGCCCAGGGCGCCCCGCCGUUUGCCGAAGCUGCUCCGCGCUCCCCUCCACACCCUGGCGGCUCCCGACCCGGCCCAGAGACGUUCCGCCAGCGUUUCCGACAGUUCCGCUACCAGGACGCCGCAGGCCCGCGGGAGGCGUUCCGUCAGCUGCGGGAGCUCUCCCGCCAGUGGCUGCGACCCGACAUCCGCACGAAGGAGCAGAUCGUGGAGAUGCUGGUGCAGGAGCAGCUGCUCGCCAUCCUGCCGGAGGCGGCACGAGCCCGGCGGCUUCGCCGCCGCACGGAUGUGCGCAUCACGGGCUGAGCUGUGGAGCUGCGGGCGACCGGGCUCGGGCGUUUUAUGGACUGCGGCCACGAUCGGGUCUGGGGGCCUGAGCCUGGCUCUCCAUUCCGCGUUGAUGAAAACCGAGUUUUUGGCAGCUCCAGUCGUCUGAUGUGUCCCUUUCGUUCGUUCUUUACUGGGUUUAUUUUCCCGAGCCUGUCUCCUUCCAACCUCCUUUUUGGCUGGUGGCGAAACCAAGUUGGGAGCCCAUGAGAAUAAAGCCUUUGUUCCCUA